AUUCAUAUUGGAAUACAUAUUGUCAUUAUGAUGACAAUUAGACACCUAGCUUUUGCAAUGUUGGUGCUUAGUUCAACCAUCUUAGUUUUUGAAAAGGUGCCAGGCAUCUCAGCUCAACUUGAAUGCAAGGGCAGCUUAAGUGACAUAGUGUCUCAAUGUCAAGCCUUUGUUAAAAAAGAGGGGCCACAAAUUCCUCCAUCAGACGCCUGCUGUGAGACCUUAAAGGCUGCUGAUAUCCCUUGCCUCUGCAAAUAUAUUACCCCGGUUAUUCAAAGCCAGAUUAGCAUCGAGAAAGCUAUCUAUGUGGUCAAAACUUGUGGAGGCAUAAUCCCUCCUGGAACCAAGUGUGGAAGUUAUACGGUUCCACCAUCACCUCCUCCUCUAAUGGCAUAAUCCAAGGCGCAUGGAAAUUCUAUGACAUAAAUAUUCACCUAUAUAAAAAAUUAAGCCAUACCCAUACAUAUGUAUACAUGGCAUCAGUCUUUAUUUAUGUGUUUUUCUUCCUUUAGUGUAUUAUGGCAUGAUUUGACUUUUAAAUAAAUGAGUUUAAUGGAUAUGCACUGACAGUGUAAAAUAGUUUUACACAGACAUCCAAUUGAAUUCCGCUAAAUCAGAAAAUAUAUUAUUCUUUUAAUUAAAAUUAAAGUCAAAUGUAAUUAUCUCUCAUAUGUGGCAUGCUUUGAUUGGAUGACUGUGUAAAACUAUUUUACACUGUCAGUGCAUAUCCAUUAAACUCUAAAUAAAUUCAACUAUAAUUAAAUACUAGUUUGAUUUUUCUGUUUCUUUCUCU